UUACAGUCACAUAUAAACAUUUCCCAUUGAAAAGGAAACAUAAAAACAUUUUUAAACCAUAUACAUCUCAAGUAAACUGCCAGGGAUAUGCACAGGUGUACAGGCCCCUCCCCUCCAGUCUUGCACAGGUGUACCGGCUCCUCCCCUCCAGUCUUGCACAGGUGUACAGGCCCCUCCCCUCCAGUCUUGCACAGGUGUACAGGCCCCUCCCCUUCAGUCUUGCACAGGUGUACCGGCUCCUCCCCUCUAGUCUUGCACGGGUGUACCGGCUCCUCCCUUUCAGUCUCGCACAGGUGUACCGGCUCCUCCCCUCCAGUCUCACACAGGUGUACCGGCUCCUCC